AUGGCUGAGCCUGUUGGGCAUUUUGGGACUUCCACGGCCUGGUUUCCAGCCCCGAACAUGGCUCCGACGUUGAGAUCACGAAACGACGCGACCUCGGUGACAGGCAAUUGUAUGUCCUGGGCUAUGAAGCCGUCUUCGUCGUCUUCAACUCCUGGGUCAGUUUUUUCCCAGGCGCAGCCCUCUUCUGAUGGCCAAUCUCUCCCAGAGGCGCCUCCACCCUUUGAUACCCAGCUUCUUGCUGGGGCCCAGCCCCCCUUUGACGCCAAGUACCCCUUGAACUUCCAGCCUCAAUUCAAUGGCCAGCCUCCCUGGAAUUUCCAGCCUUCGACUUCAUGGUACUGGGAAAGGUCUCCUGGUGUUUUCCCCCAGCACCCGAGAUCCUCCCAAAAUAUUCGGGCUAAACGUCCUUAUUUUCCACAAAAAUAUGAAACACAGUCAAAUGACUCCAAUUUUCCAUCCAAUAGAAAACAGAAAAAAAAGAAAAAGGAACCAGUUUUUCAUCAUUUUUGUGAUACCUGUGAUCGUGGUUUUAAAAAUCAAGAAAAGUAUGAUCAGCACAUGUCUGAACAUAUGAAAUGCCCUGAAGUUGAUUGUUCUUUUAGUGCACACGAGAAGAUUGUCCAGUUUCAUUGGAGAAACAUGCAUGCUCCUGGGAUGAAGAAGAUCAAGUUAGACACUCCAGAGGAGAUUGCAAGAUGGAGGGAAGAAAGGAAAAAAAACUACCCAACUCUGGCCAAUAUUGAAAGGAAGAAAAAGUUAAAGCUUGAAAAGGAAAAGAGAGGAGCCGUAUUAACAACAACUCAGUAUGGCAAGAUGAAAGGGAUGUCCAGGCAUUCACAGAUGGCAAAGAUCAGAAGUCCUGGCAAACAUCAGAAAUGGAAAAAUCACCAGGCUGGGCAGAGAACAAACAAUCGGUCAGAUGAUCGUUCCUGUGAGUUAAAGCCAUUAGAUCCACCGGGAAUGAAUGGAGACCCUCUGGGUGUUUUGGUCAACACUGACUCUGAGUCUGACAAAGAAGAGAAACCCCAUAGUACUGUCAUACCCAAAGAGGUGACCCCAGCCCUGUGCUCUCUAAUGAGCAACUAUGGCAACCUCUCUGGAUCAGAGAGUGAGCCAGAAGAAGUUCCCAUCAAGACUGAAGCCGAAAUUCUUGUGGAAAACCAGAUUCUUUCUGGUGGUGACCAGAUUCUUGAUAGCGGUGCUCCUCAGAAUUCAGGUCAAGAAGUUAAUCAGGUCAAGACUGUUGGGAAUUUCACAGGAACCAAGAAAGAGAACCCCCAAAAAAGUUUUAAGAAGACAAAUCCUAAGAAGAAAAGAAAUUGUCCCAACUAUAAGACAUUAUUUGAACCAAGAACACAUCAUCCAAACCUCCUGGAAAUGCUUUUAGCUCCGGACAUUCGACAUGAACGAAAUGUGAUUUUGCAGUGCGUUCGGUAUAUCAUCAAAAAAGACUUUUUUGGACUUAAUACUAAUUCUGUGAGAAGUAAGGAUGCAUUGGUGCCUGCGGUUUCCAGCACAUAAAUGAAACACUAAAUAAGGAAUUAAAUUGUAAACCUCAUAAGAUUAUACUGAAUUUUAAACUCC